AUGAGCACGGCCGCCAGCCCCGAGCCCCUGCCCGAGCCCCCCGCCCCCGGGCCCCGCUGCCCCCCCCAGGAGGACCCCGAGUUCCUGCGGGCGCGGAGCGGGGCCGGGGACCUGCGCCAGGACUUCAACCUGAUGGAGCAGAAGAAGCGGGUGACGAUGAUCCUGCAGAGCCCGUCCUUCCGGGAGGAGCUGGAGAGCCUGAUCCAGGAGCAGAUGAAGAAGGGGAACAACUCGUCACACGUGUGGGCGCUGCGGCAGAUCGCUGACUUCAUGGCCACCACGUCCCCUGCUGCCCUGCCCACGUCCCCCAUGGGGCUGGCAUCGGUCACCCCCAUCAAUGACCUGCACGGGACGGAGGGGCCGGCACUGGCCAAGGGCGAGCGGCUGAUGCGCUGCAAGGUGGGCAGCAUCCACCGGCUGCUGGACCUGUACGGCUGGGCACAGCUGGGACACGCCGCCGUCACCCUGCGGGUCAGCAAGGAGCAGGAGCACUUCUUGGUGGCCCCGCAGGGGCUGGCGUGCAGCGAGGUGACAGCGGCCAGCCUGGUGAAGGUGAACGUGCUGGGGGCCGUGGUGGAGCAGGGCAGCACCAGCUUCGCGCCCGACGCCCGCAGCUUCAGCCUGCACGCCGCGAUCUACGCCGCGCGCCCCGACAUCCGCUGCAUCGUGCGGCUGCACACCCCUGCUGCUGCCGCUGUGUCAGCCAUGCGCUGUGGGCUCCUGCCCAUCUCCCGCGCCGCUCUUCUCCUGGGGGACGUGGCCUACUUUGACUUCCGCGGGGAGGUGGAGGAUGAGGCCGAUCGUGUGGAGCUCCAGAAGUGCCUCGGGCCUACCUGCAAGAUCCUGGUGCUGCGGAACCACGGGGUGCUGGCACUGGGGGACACGGCCGAGGAGGCUUUCUACAGCAUCUUCCACCUGCAGGCGGCCUGCGAGGUCCAGGUGUCGGCUCUGGCGAGCGCGGGAGGCGCGGAGAACCUGAUUGUGCUGGAGCGGGCGCAGCAGCGCGUGCCCCACGGCCUGGGCGCCGUGCGCCGCGCCGGCACCACCUUCGGGCCCCUGCACAAGAGCCGCCUGGGCGAGCACGAGUUCGAGGCCCUCAUGAGGAUGUUGGACAACCUGGGAUACCGCACGGGCUACACGUACCGCUACCCCUUCGUGCAGGAGAAGAGCAAGCCCAAGAGCGACGUGCUGAUCCCCGCCACCGUGACGGCCUUCGUGUUCGAGGACGAGCCCACCGGGACCCCCGCCCUGCGCCAGCACGCCCAGAAGCAGCAGAAGGAGAAGACGAGGUGGCUCAACACCCCCAACACCUACACCAGGGUCAACCUGGCCGAGGAGCAGCAGGGCACCGCCGGUGGCCAGCGGACAAAGACCACGUGGCUGCGAGCAGACGAGGUGGAGAAGGGCAGCAGUGGGACCCCGAUCCGCAUCGAGAACCCCAACCAGUUCGUGCCGCUCUACACGGACCCGCAGGAGGUGCUGGAGAUGCGCAACAAGAUCCGGGAGCAAAACCGCCAGGAUGUGAAGUCAGCCGGGCCCCAGUCGCAGCUGCUGGCCAGUGUCAUUGCCGAGACGAGCCGCAGCCCCUCCACCGAGAGCCACCUGGGGGACGCAGAGGCCAAGGAGGGUCAGGAAGAGGCUCCCCCUGAGCCAGAGCCCCCCAACCCCUUCAGCCAGCUCACAGACCAGGAGCUGGAGGAGUACAAGCAGGAGGUGGAGAGGAAGAAGCGCCUGCAGGGCGAGAGGGACGCGGCAGCAGAGGAGAGUGAGGCUCCCCCCACAGAGGCACUCCCUCCGGAGCCCCCGGCACCUGCAGAGCCCACCGAGGGUGAUAAGAAGGCCGAUGGUGGCCAAGCCCCCCCUGACUCCACCGCCAAGAAGGAGCCACCAGCGGUGGUGAACGGGAAGGAUGAAGAGCAAAGCACGGAGGAAAACCUUGGAAAAGGGGGGACGGACCGGACAACCACCAACGCUGACCAGGACGCCCCCAAGGAGAAGGAGACAGUGACCAGCAACCCUGUGUCCCCGGAUGGUUCACCCUCCAAAUCGCCCUCCAAAAAGAAGAAGAAAUUCCGGACCCCAUCGUUCCUGAAAAAAGGCAAAAAGAAGGAAAAGAUCGAAUCCUGAGUCUCCCAAGGCCUCGUGCGUGGCCAUCCUGGGAACCCCUGGGAUCUCUGAGCCCGGGAGCGCCGGGGCAGCUCCUGCCUCGUGCGUCUGGCCGAGGCGCGGCCCAAAACCCCUGGAAUCCGGCUGUUUUCCAGGUCCUCCCGGCACAAGGCACCUCAUCCCCCUUGUCACCCGCCUCUGGAGGCGGUCACCGAGCUUAGAGAGACUGUGGUCCCCGUUUGGGGGAAUUCCUGCUGCAUCUUCCCCCCCUUUCCCUCCUGGGCUCCAGCCUCUCCCCACCGUGGGCCGAGGGUUGGGUUUUUUCCACCAGAGCCCAGUUCUGCUUGAUCUGAGGAAGAAAAAGGUGUUUUGUGGUUAUUUUCUUCACCUUCUGUCUCAAGCUCUGCUGGAACGGCGCUGGCUUCAUCCCCAGGGAAAACUGUCCGUUGCUUCACCAGGAGAAUGGGAUUGAGCUGAAGGCAGGGGAUUGCUUUUCCUGAAGGAGAAGCUGAGGUUUUUUCCUUCCCAGAUUGUAAUCUUCCUCUCCUUGGGCUAAAGAACCACUUCAUCCCCUUCUCCUGGUACUCCUACCCUGUGUUUUCCCCACCCAAGGAAGAGCAGCGGGAUUUCCCACCACUGGAAAAACCCCCACCUCACUGCACGACCUGCACCUGGGAAAAUAGGGAAACAAACCUCCGGGAAUUGUCUGUGUAAUUUAAAACUAAGCAAAACUCACUCACUAAGUGCUACUUCGGGAUGAACACACGCUGCCAAUUCCCGCCGGCCUCCGCUCACAGUGACCCCGUCCGCGCCGGCUCCCUGCUUUUCCCAGCUCUGGAUUCCCAGCACAAGUUCAACCCUUCCUGGCGUUCCCUUCCCUCCCAGCCUUACAAACUCCUGGCCAGCCCCUUCCCGGGAAGAGCCCCAGCCAUGCUGAUGUUCCCCACAGCCAUUCCAGGGCUGGGAUUUGGGGAUAAAUCAAAAGGAUCAGCCCCACAUCCUCCCGAUUUCCUGGGGUGCUCGCCCUGAGCCUUCCUGCAUCCAUGGAGCCCUGUCCAGGAGGUCUGGAAUGCUCCAGAAGCUCCUGUUCGGGGUUCCCUCAGCCCAGCAGGAUUUUCCCAUCACUGUGGUUUCAAACCUUCUCACUGCUGUGAGACAGCUCCUGGGGGCUGGAUCCAUCUGGAAGAGCAGGAAGCCCAUGGAAUAAGGGGGUGCAGGCAGGGAUUGGGGUGCAGGAAACAGCAGAGACACCCCAGACAGGGAUCUUGCCAGAGCCCCAUGGACAGCCUGAGCCUGGAUUUUGGGAAGAGCCUUUUCCCUGCCCAGUGUCCCCCCCACAGGUCCCCAGCCCACUCCUGCAGGAUGGGGAGCACCGAGGGGACACUGAGCCCCUAAACCCCCUCUGCGCCCCCAGCCUUGUCACUGGGGGGCUGUUCCUCACUGCCACUGAUCUUGAGACUCUUUGAGGCCAUUUUUGUCCCUGGGCCUGUUCCCCCUGGGUGACCCAGGGCAGCAGAGCCAGCUCUGUCACCUCUCCGGGUGACAGCGUAGCACUGUUCCAGCACUGCCACAAGCCCAGCCCAACUCAGGGGCUUCCCCCAGGGUUUUGUCACCCCUUUGUCCCUGGAGGUCUGUCCCCAGGGCCUUUGUCACCCUUUUUUCCAAGGGCCCCUGGCUUUGCAGGGGACCCUGGGAUUCUCCUCCAUGAAAUUCUGGGGAGCUUCAAGUAGAAAGGGAUGAAGGCUCCAGUGCCACCAUCAUCACCAUGACGAGGGUCCUGGCUGGAAGGAAACAGCCAGGAUCACAUCCCGGGACCACCCUUCGGGUACUUCCCCCACCUCCCUGCCCCAGGUAAGGCUCAGGGCGGGGGUGUCCCCAAGGGAAGGCAGGGAGGGGACAAAUCCCUGAUCUGGGGCCUCCACAUCUGCACCUCUGCUGGAAAACAGAGGCUGAUCCCUUGCUGGCAACAGGGAAGGGCGAGUCCAGCGGGACUCAGCGGCUCUCCUCCCACCGGGGGCUGCCCAGGAAGGCCCCGGAGCCGGGCGGGUGUUGGAGCCCGAGUGGCACCGGGAGGAGGCCGGGGGUGACUUGUCCCCCCCGCGUGUGACAAUCGCGGCCGGGAGCGGGUGGA